GUCGAAACGGACCGCUCGGUCUCAGCUUCAAAUGUCGACGUACAAACAAAACGAUGCGACCCUAACCUGCUUCUAAGAGGUACAUAUCGCAGGCAGAACAUCUACUCGUGAGGUACCUUGUGAAGAAGUGCAAGAAAGUGUAUACGUCCACGAUGGACGAGGUGGUGGAGUUGCAAAAUAUGGAAAACGUGUGCAGGCUCUGCUUAUCCACCGACGAGCCAAAAUUGUCGGUGUUCGAAACGGAAGACUCUCUGUUGUCCAUGGCUAGCAAAAUACAAGCAUGCCUAUCAAUUCAGAUUUCAACAACAGACAAAUUAUCAACACAGAUAUGCGUACAAUGUGUUAAAAAUGUAAAUCAAUGGCAUAGUUACAAAGAAACCUGUUUGAGUUCACAAGAGAAGUUGCAUCAGUGGUUGGAACGGCAGCAUAUGCAACAAAGUCCCAUGGAAGUUACUAAUCUUGAAGAGAAUACAAAUCACUUAGAAGAUAGUGCUCGAUGUCAGAAAGUAACUGAUGGUGAUGAAAUAGUCGUAGAUGAAGAUCAACCAAUCUUGAUGAAAGACAUGAAUGUUUCUAUAAAAUCUGAACUACAAGAUGAUUACGAUACAGAUUGUACUAUAGAAAUAGAAUCUGUUACUGGUAAUGAACUUAUCGAAAAUCCAAAGGAAAGGAUCAUGGAAGCUGAUUCCACUCAGAAAUCCAAUGCAUCUGCAUCAGUAAACAAGAAAAAAACCAGAAGAGGUCCUCAUACUCACUUUAGGGGUGCACGUGUUUUUAAACAGAAAUGUGUACAUUGUCAAAUUAAUUUGCAUUCUAAGCAUUCCUAUGCAAAUCACAUGCAAAGAUUUCACUCUGACAAACAGAAUGGUAGUGUCAAUAAACCGGAAUUAAAAGAUGAGGAAGAGCUUGUCGAAGAUCUGGAAGAUGAAUUAAUGAGUAUGGAAAAGGAUGCUCCAUUGACACAAGUGCAACAAAAUAUUAUUGGUCAAUUGAAGACAUUUUCAUGUUAUUCCUGUCAACAAAGCUUCAACGAUCGCAGAAGCACGCUUUUCCAUAUUCGUCAGCAUAUGCCCGACCUGAGACCGCACACGUGUAUCGCGUGUUUGACAGAGUUUCCAGAUCGAUCAAUGUACAAGCUACAUUGCGGAGCAUCGUUUGAAUGUGCAAUGAAAAUCGCCCUUGUUGUACCGAAACAAGGCGACGAAAAAUACUUCACGUGUAAUAUGUGUUUACGUCCUAUGCAGAAUAGGAAACAAUUGCUUAGCCAUUUGUCAAAACAUUCGGAUAAACAGUACGAGCAACUGGUAUCCCCGUCACGAUCUCCUCCUAAAUUGAAACCAGUGACUCCUCUGCCACCUUUGAAGCAAGAAUCACGAAAAAGACCAUUCGAAGAAAAUUAUAUAUUAAACAUACCCAGCCCUUACAAAAAUGGCGAUCCUGCGCAUAAUCAUAUAUGUGAUUUGUGUGGUAUGAUCUACAGAUAUAAGCCAAAUAUGUUGAGACACAGGGAUCUAUGUCAACGUUUAUCAUCGGAUGUUAGAACAUCCUACAGAUGUGUUCACUGUGGCAUGACAUAUCUGGUAUUCAAAAAAUUCCAUUCUCAUAUUACACAGGAGCAUAAAAAGAAAGAUUUUAUAUGUUCUGCAUGUGGCAGCAAAUUCAAGUCUCCUAGUAAUUAUUUGGAACAUCACAAGGGACAUCGUGAGAAUCACGAUAAACAACAUUCUCUUAAUUCGAAAAGCGAUUUAACGAAGAUCUCGCAAAACAUUUCAAAUAAGGACUGGGACACAUUUGAGGCUGAAGUAAAUGCUAAAAAAUUGUCUGACAGUAAUCAGUACAGCUGUGCUCUCUGUAAUUUGGAAUUUACUACGAGAGCCGAAUUAACAGAACACAGAAAUCUACACCUGAAAGUGAAGAUUUAUUCUUGCGUCAUCUGUCGUAGCAUGUUCAGCAGCGCAGGUGCUUUGGAAAUUCACAUGAAGGAUCAUGGCAUAGAAGACCCGAAUGAAAGAAAUGCAAACAGCUCCUGCGUAGAGUAUGGUAGUACGGUGGAAGAAGAAUCAAAAGAUUCGAACUCAAUGAACGUAAGUGCCACUUCAGAUCCUGGUGUUAAAAAGAACGAGUGCAAUAAGUGUGGAAAAGUAUUCUCGAAUAGCGCAAAUCGUAGAAGACAUAUAAGAAAUCUUCACAACGUUACCAGAGGGCACCUUAGCUGUUCUUACUGUUGGCGAACAUUCAAGAGCAAAGAAACACACGACCGACAUGUUACAAUCGAUCAUUUAAAAUCCUCAAAAUCCAUGCUCCGAUGUUCUCGAUGUCCAAAGACUUUCUUCUUCCAAGCCAAUCUGAAUCUUCAUUUUGAGACUACGCAUUCUGGGAAAUCAUUUUCAGCUGGCCACAAAUGCGAUAUUUGCGGUAAGACAUUCAUGGAAGAAACAUCUUUGAAAAUACACAGAAGCUGGCACAAUCGAGCAAACUCUAGACUGAGUUUGUACUUCAUGAAGAAAGAAGAUCCAAAACAAGAGGAACCUUUGGAUUCUAAUACAACCCGGCCAGCGAGAGCGCGAAAAUCUUACCCGAAUUCACCUUCAACAAAACCUAAUGGUAAUUUCCAAUGUCAAGUCUGCAGUGAAAAGUUCAAUGAUGUAACAGAACUUAGGACACACUUAUGGGACGUACACUGUGCACGCAGCAAAAAUGAGAAAAAUUUCCCUGAUGGCGAAUUCCAUUGUGAACUUUGUAUGAAUGUUUUCCCGGAUAAGGAAACGUUGGAUGUGCAUUUGCAAUGGCAUAAAGCUCAACCAAUUCUCAACGAUAUAAAGUCUGAUAAUACGUGCGACAUUUGUGGGAAAUCAUACAGCUCAAAGAAGAUAUUGUCCAGACACAAGAAACUUCACAAGUCCACAAUUACAGCUGCUGCGAAGUUGCAAUCAGCUAGCAGUCAACCUUUAUGCACCAUUUGUAACAAGGUGUUCAACAAUAAUCGCUCGCUCCAGUGUCAUAGACUGAAUGUGCAUGCUAACAUAUUCAACCAACAAUCUCAACAGGUACAGAAAAACGCAAGAAGAACCUCUCAAGAAGAGCCAAGAGCUAAAAGAAUAAAAUUAGAGGAAGAGGGCAGGCAAACACCUUCUGCCAUGGAUGCUUCGAGCGCGGGCAAAAAAUCCGUCAUGUGUCACGUCUGUAGGAAAUUCUUCGCAAACAUGAGUGUACUUUAUAAGCACAAACAGUUGGUACACAAGACUCAUACGAAUCUGGUAAAAAAUCUCACUAAAUCAUACCAAAUAGAAUGCAUACCGUUGCCCAGCAGUGAUGGCAAAGUCUCUUGUAACGUUUGUUACAAAAAAUUCCCUGGCGUGUCGAAUUUGCGUCAGCACUUUACUGUAAAACACAAGAAUGCCCCUGUUAAGUAUGCUUGUACUGUAGAUGGGUGCAAACUCACAUUUCCUACACCGAUGGUCUUAAAGAACCACGAAUUGUCUCACACCAGCAUCAUCUUCAGUUGCAACUUAUGCAACAGGCAUGUGUUCAGCAGGCCUGCGAUGUCGAACCACAUACUGACGGUACACAAUAUCGUUUACAACGCUGAGAGCAGCAAAAACUUCCACAGAGAACUGGAUUUGGGCAAAUACGUGGUAGAGGGUGCAGUAGAUGCUACCUGUCCUCAAUGCAAGAUCAAGUAUCCCAACAACAGGGCUAUGAAGAUUCAUUACUUCAAGUAUCACGAAAACCCAAACGAAUAA